UCUGAAUUAAACUAGUCAAGUUGGCAGUUUCCAAGCUUUAUUGCUACAAAUUAUCAAGUUAUAAUAAAAGUAUAUACUGCCGCUGAAAAUGCUGAUGUUCAAGGCACUUAGGAACCCGAGGCUUCCACGUUCUGUGCUUUUUUUUCGCUUUGCCAGAUCAGCGGCAAGCGCAGCCAAUUGCAAAUACGAUUACGACUUGGUGGUCCUCGGCGGUGGCUCUGGCGGGCUAGCAUGCGCCAAGGAGGCCGUAGAAUAUGGGGCCCACGUUCUAUGCUUUGACUUUGUCAAACCUACGCCCGCGGGCACCAAAUGGGGUGUGGGUGGAACCUGUGUGAAUGUGGGAUGCAUACCCAAGAAACUGAUGCAUCAGGCCUCGCUGCUGGGUGAGGCUGUGCACGAGGCUGUGGCCUAUGGCUGGAAUGUCAACGAUCAGAACAUUAAACCGGACUGGAAGAAGCUAGUCAAGUCCGUGCAGGAUCAUAUUAAGUCUGUGAAUUGGGUAACGCGCGUCGACUUGCGCGACAAAAAAGUGGAGUAUGUUAACUCCAUUGGCAGGUUUGUGAAUCCACAUACCAUUGAGUAUAUUGAAAAACAGGGAGAACGAAAGCAGCUGACCGCAAAAUACGUCGUGGUUGCUGUGGGCGGACGUCCGCGAUAUCCGCCUAUACCGGGAGCCACAGAGCUUGGCAUCACCAGCGAUGACAUCUUUAGCUAUGAGAAGGAACCCGGUCGCACCCUAGUCGUGGGCGCUGGGUAUGUGGGCCUGGAGUGCGCUUGCUUUCUAAAGGGUCUUGGCUACGAUCCCACCGUAAUGGUGCGUUCAAUUGUUCUGCGUGGCUUCGAUCGUCAGAUGUCCGAGUUUCUGGGUGCGAUGAUGAUAGAGCGUGGUAUUCGCUUUUUGAACACCACCAUUCCGAAGGCGGUAGAGCGGCAGGCAGAUGGAAAACUGCUCGUUAAGUAUCAAAAUACGACAACCCAAAUGGUUGGUAGCGAUGUCUUUGAUACGGUCCUGUGGGCCAUCGGACGAAAGGGCCUCACGGAGGAUCUGAAUCUUGGUGCAGCUGGCGUCCAGACACAUAACGACAAAAUCAUUGUUGAUCAUACGGAGGCCACCAACGUGCCCCAUAUCUUUGCUGUUGGCGACAUCAUCUACGGCCGGCCUGAGCUUACCCCCGUGGCCAUUCUAUCGGGUCGUCUGCUGGCACGACGCCUCUUUUCCGGCUCUACGCAGCUAAUGGAUUAUACUGAUGUGGCUACAACAGUUUUCACACCCCUGGAAUACUCUUGUGUUGGCAUGUCCGAGGAGAUGGCUAUCGAAAAGAUUGGCGCUGAGAAUAUCGAGGUGUUCCACGCAUAUUACAAGCCCACCGAGUUCUUUAUACCGCAGAAGAGUGUGCGUCAUUGUUACCUCAAGGCUGUGGCCGAAGUGUCCGGCGAUCAGAAAAUCUUGGGAUUACACUACAUAGGGCCUGUGGCUGGAGAGGUUAUUCAAGGAUUUGCUGCCGCUCUGAAGUCGGGUCUCACUGUAAAGACGUUGCUGAACACUGUUGGCAUUCAUCCCACUACCGCAGAGGAGUUCACUAGACUAUCCAUAACAAAGCGUUCUGGUCGAGAUCCGACGCCAGCUUCAUGUUGUAGUUAAUUGAAACGGCUUGGAGCCGAAACCGUUCCCUUUCGAGUUGAAAUAUAUAUUUAUUAGGACCAUUGCCCUAAUAUGAACUACACUGGUUGGCGCAAAGUGCGACAACCUGCGAAACAAA